AUAGGCCAUCAUGUGUAUGUACGCAUGUUAUGGUGCGGGGUAUCCUUAUUCAAUUGCAACAUCUAGGUAUACGUUGCUCGAGGUGUACAGGGCCGUCGCGGCAGCACAAAGGCUUACUCACAAUGCGACCGUAGUAAUGUUCACCGCGUCUUGUCCAAAAAAACAAACAAACAAAUGUACUAGAAAAACCAAUGCCCGUUGGCGGUGUAUGUUCUGCCCUAGACCUCCUUGGCCUCACCGUCGGCCUCGCCCGACUUGACCGUCUUUCCGGUCUUCUUGAUCUUCUCCAGGACGGUGUCGUAGUCGAGCGAGUCGGCAG